AGUUUUUCUCUCGUCUCUCAAACCACUCACUCACCCAGUCACUCUUUCGACUCCCAACCCUCACAUUCACUAUGUUCGCCCGUGUCGCCGCCUUCACCGUCCUCGCUCUCCCCGUCUUUGCGGCUGCCACGCCCGCCGUGCUCCGCCGCGGUGACUGCAACACCGGUUCCAUCCAGUGCUGCAACUCUGUCCACGAGACGAACGAGAACGCUGUUAGCGUCCUCCUCAGCCUCCUCGGCCUCGACGCCGGCAGCCUCACCGGCUCCGUCGGCCUCCAGUGCUCCGGCAUCUCUGGUGUCGGCGCUGGCCAGGACUCCUGCCAGGCGAGCCCCGUCUGCUGCACGAACAACAACGUCGGCGGCCUCAUCUCCGUCGGCUGCAUCCCCAUCAUCCUCUAAGCUCGUUCCAGCAGUAGGCAGGGGCAUUAGUGGAUUCUGAGUAUCGUAAUAUCACAUAAUAAAAAGCUUGGAUAUCCUGCCUCUUCGUGUAUGUGUGCGCGAGCCUUAGUCCGUCUUUCAGAAUUGGGUCCC